AUGCUAGGCUGCUGGAAUGAACGAAAUGCUAGGUUGCUAGAAUGGAAUGAAAUGCUAGUUGUCUCUUUAGGUUCAUUAACUAAUGAUAAACGCAAGGGGAAGGCUGGGGUUGAAGAGGAGAGAUAUGAUGAAGCUCCAGAAGAGCUUGAAUCGUUCUCAUAUUGCUCCAAGAAAGGAGGAUCUUGCCUCAAGAGGAUAAUAGCUUCAAGAAAUCAAAUCUUCUGA